ACAUGGGAGUUCCCUUGAAAAGAUUCAAGUCCAUGCGGGAGGUGAUGAGGGACAAGGGUGUGCUCAAGGACUACCUGAAGACGCACCAUUAUGACCCGGCCAGCAAGUACUACAAUCAGUUCGCUGUUGUUUCCGAACCCCUGGCUAACUACAUAGAUAUGUCCUACUAUGGUGAGAUCAGCAUUGGGACCCCUCCCCAGAACUUCCUGGUUCUCUUCGACACGGGCUCUUCCAACCUGUGGGUGCCUUCCGUGUACUGCCAGAGCGAGGCCUGCACCAACCACCCACUGUUCAACCCUGCUAACUCCUCCACAUACUCCACGCAGGACCAGAGCUUCUCUCUGCAGUACGGGACUGGCAGCCUCACAGGAAUCUUUGGCUACGACACCGUCACCAUCCAGAACGUUGCCAUCUCAGACCAGGAGUUUGGCCUGAGCGAGACGGAGCCUGGCACCAACUUUGUCUAUGCACAGUUUGAUGGGAUCCUGGGGCUGGCCUACCCUGCCAUCUCCUCUGGGGGUGCCACCACCGUGAUGCAAGGCCUGAUUCAACAGAACCUCCUCGAUGCCCCACUCUUCAGCUUCUACCUGAGCUCGCAAGACGGCUCUCAAGGCGGUGAGCUGGUCUUCGGAGGUGUCGACUCCAACCUGUACACUGGGCAGAUUAUCUGGACUCCUGUCACCCAGGAGGCUUAUUGGCAAAUUGCAAUUGAGGGUUUCUCCAUCAGUGGACAGACCACUGGCUGGUGUAGCAAUGGCUGCCAAGGCAUUGUGGACACUGGGACUUCCCUCCUCACUGCUCCUGGAGAUGUCUACUCAAACCUGUUGGAGUCUAUUGGAGCUGAGCAAGACAGUGACGGCCAGUACGUUGUUAGCUGUGACAGCAUUGAUAGCCUGCCAACCAUCUCCUUUGUCAUCGGUGGAACCAGCCUCCCUCUGCCUCCCUCUGCCUACGUCAUCCAGAGCACAGAUGGUAGCUGCAUGGUUGGCAUUGGGCCCACUUACCUGCCAUCCCAGAACGGGCAGCCCCUGUGGAUCCUCGGUGACGUCUUCCUCAGGUCUUACUACUCUGUUUAUGACAUGGGCAACAACCAGAUGGGCUUCGCUCCUGCAGCAUGAAUGAAACCCACCCUCUUCUGUGCGAUGCCACACUGCUUCCCGCCUCUCCGCUGACCCUCCGUGCUGUGACAUAGUGGUCCCGACUGCCUCUCUGUCACGUCUUGAGCAUCUCUC